GUUUAAAGAAGAGAGCUUCCCACUGGAACAGGGGGUUAAAACCGAGCCCACGUGUGCUGUCCUUUCAGAAGCCAGCAGCCCUGCCCUGGUCACUCAGUAAGUGCAAUAAAAUCAUGAAUCUUCUACAACGGGUGAUCCAGCACCGCGGGAAUUUGACCGAGGAGAAUAGCUGACCUUCUGCUCGGAUCAGCCUUGCCUGUUGUAGUGCUAGAGCUGCACGUUGGGCAGGCAGAGGUGACACGAAGGAUACGAUGUUCAGCCUGAAUGGUCCCAGAAGUGAAGGAUAUGUCCAAGAGCUGUUCCACGAGGAAGCACAGCAGGUAUCUCAAACACAGACCAAGCCCUGGUGGAAGAUCCAGCUGUUUGUGUGGGAGCCGGUGCUUUUUGGAACAUGGGAUGGCGUCUUCACCUCCUGCAUGAUCAACAUUUUUGGAGUGGUUCUUUUCCUGAGGACGGGAUGGCUUGUGGGAAACACUGGCAUUGUAAUGGGCAUGUUUCUGGUGUCCUUUGUCAUCCUGGUUGCCCUGGUGACAGUCUUAUCUGGAAUUGGGGUGUGUGAGAAGUGCAGCAUCGGAAGUGGAGGAGUCUACUCCAUGAUUUCUACUGUCCUUGGAGGUCAAGUAGGGGGGACCGUUGGCCUCCUUUAUAUUUUUGGCCAGUGUGUUGCAGGUGCCAUGUACAUCACUGGCUUUGCGGAGUCCAUCGCAGAUGUCCUGAGCCUCAGCAACAUCUGGGCAGUGCGUGGGAUCUCCCUGGCUGUCCUGCUGGGCCUGCUGGGGAUCAACCUGGCGGGGGUGAAGUGGAUCAUCAGGCUCCAGCUCCUGCUGCUCUUCCUACUGGCCGUCUCGACGUUGGACUUUGUCAUCGGGUCCUUCACGCACCUUGAUCCAGGUAAAACUGGGGGUUCGUCACACUGGGGUCAGGAGGCACUAAUCCGCUGGGGUUUUCUCCUUAGGUGUCUUUGUGAAGUUACACAUCUGGGCGGAGAUAGACUUCAGUGCUUCCAGAUGUGUCCCCUGUCCUUUGGUACCAAUCUUUUAGAGGCAACCUGUAAUUUUGCAAGGAAGCACGGCUUCGUCGGCUACUCCGAAGAGCUCAUGUUCAACAACACACUGCCAGACUACAGCCAGGGGGAGUCCUUCUUCACUGUUUUUGGAGUGUUUUUCCCAGCUGCCACAGGUGUGAUGGCUGGGUUCAAUAUGAGCGGAGAUCUCCAGAAGCCUGCUACCAACAUCCCCCUGGGGUCUCUGGCCGCUAUUGGCACCUCGUGGUUUCUGUACAUGGUCUUUGUUUUUUUGCUGGGAGCCAUUUGUACCCGUCAGUCACUCCGCUAUGACUUCAUGAUAGCAGAGAAGGUAUCCUUGGUGGGUUUCUUGUUUUUGCUAGGGCUGUACAUCUCAUCCCUGGCCUCCUGCAUGGGAGGGCUUUACGGAGCACCCAGGAUCCUGCAGUGCAUCGCCCAGGAGAACGUGAUCCCCAUGCUCAGCUUCCUUGGACGUGGGAAAGGACCCAACAAGACUCCAGUGGCUGCGAUUUGCUUAACAAGUCUCAUCACCAUGGCUUUCGUCUUCAUUGGGCAAGUGAACGUUCUUGCUCCCAUAGUCACCAUCAACUUCAUGUUGACGUAUAUUGCUGUAGACUACUCCUAUUUCUCGGUCUCCUUGAGCUACAACGUUCAGCAGAAACCUGGCGAGACCCAGAUGGAACACACUAGACCUGCUCACUCUUCCCAGCCUUUAAUUUUCAACAAGCCCUCCAGCCGUGCAGCAGAUGGAGUAAUUCAAAGCAGAUCAAAUGGCACCUUGCUGGAGUUCACAAAAGACAUGGACCAGCUUUUCAAACCAUUUUGUAGUGAGCAAGGUACUUGCAAAAAAGGAGCCGAGAAUUUAACCCAAAAGGUCAAAAAAAAGAAGGCAAAGAAGCCAGCCAAGCAGACGUUACAAGACAGCUUUCUCCUGCAUCUCCAUCACGAUGCUCCCCUGGCUCAGUACAGCUGGGAUGAGACCACGGAGCCCCACAACGAGAGCCAGCAGGACCUGGCUGAGCAGGGCUGUCGGCGUGAUGCGGGUCCGUGCUCGUCACCCGCUGUGGACGCCCAGCAGACACCCGGGCUGCUGGAGCAGGGGGAGCAGCUCUGCAGCAAGGUGCCGGCGCUCCCCGGCCAGAGGGGAGAAGAUUCAUCUAUAAAGCAACAAAAUCCAGAGCUGGGAAUUCAGCAAAUACCAGAAUCCUUCUACUCCAAAUUCUGCAACCACUGGGUUUCCUUUGCUGGUGCGAUCGUGUCCCUCGUCAUAAUGUUUGUCAUUCAGUGGAUCUACACCCUUGUCAGCCUGGGUGCAGCCGUUAUUCUGUAUUUCUACAUCAGCCAAGUGAGCCCAGGACUCCCCCUUGGAGCAGCAGCGAAUUUCAGUUUCUUUGGCUGGAUUAAGUCAGUUUUGAUCACCUCGUGCAGGAGAAGGCCAUCUGCCAAGGAGCAGAUCGUGGUGACACCAUCCUUUGCAACAGUUGGCAUGGAGACCACGCAGCUCACCGAGGAGAACGCAGACUUUGCCUCACGGGACCGCUAUCACCAGUCCUCGCUUAUCAGCAGAGAGGAGUUUGGGAAUCAAUUCCAGUAAAGGACGCACAAAAAAAUCAAGCCAUCACUUCAAAAAGCAUUUAGAAAUGCUGAUGGCUGCCACAGUGCCUUGUGAAAUACUUGAAUAUAUGCAAAAAGGAUGUGAAUAGUUAUUUAUAUAUUCGAGGCUUGUUUGUUUAUGCAAACUACAACAUUGCUGGGUUUCAAGUCUUACCCAAAAUGGGGGAAAAAACGCAAAUGAAAGGGCCAGUCCAGGGAAGUAAUGAGUUAGUGAGGACAAUAUAAUCUUUUCAAAGAAUUCAGUUACAAGCGUUAUUGAGCUCUAAAGACCGUUGGCGCUAUAAAAGCUUACAACACCCCAUUUCAAAUGUCCUCUGGGUGACUAGGGAUGCUUUGUGCCUGGGAGCAGUGACCUCGGCAGUAGGAGCCAGCGCCCCGCUCCCAGCUGUGCCACAGAUGGAUGCGACCUUCCAGGUCAAUUCACUUCUCUCGGCAUGAAUUUGCCUGCUUGUAAUACAGUAAUUUUCUACCUCAGCAUUUCAAUUACCAAGGUUUUAGAAAGUACUUUAAGGCAUUAGACAAUAGGCCAGAAUCAGUGGCAAGUGCAAGAAGAUUAUGAAAUAUAUUCACAACUGGAAUCGCACAUUUAAAUGCAGUAAUGCAGUAUAAUGACCUCUACUGUAAAACUGUGAAAUGAUGUCUUAGAAGCUGUUCAUAGUGAUUUCCCACAUCCUUUCUGAUGUGAUGCCUGGGACCUGACAACAUAGCUGGGUCCAAACAGAGCAUCUCCUGGCUGAAGGGACAGAUGAUUCAGAAGUGCCUUAACAAAAUAUGUUUAGCCUCAUUUUUGUUUAUUUUGCUUAAAGCCCAUCCCAUAGCGAGCUCCCACAAGGAGCCAUUUCUCCCACUGCCAUGAUUUGGGAUGCAGGAGGUUCAGCCAGGGGUGCUGCAGGAUUUCCCACGCAGACCUUAGGGUUGGUGGGCAGUGGCUGUGGCGUGGGGUGAGGUCUUACAUGGACACCCCCAUCACCGUCGCUUCUGCUCCCCAGGGAAAAAACCCUCUGUGGAGCACUGUCCUGCCUGCAGGCAGCAGUCCUGGCAGAGACCUGCAGAGGCACGAGGGAAGGCUCUGGGUCGAGGCAAGCCCCAGCACCGCAAAUCAGUUCUGAUGCUACAGGGAUGGGGAAAUCACUGCCUUUCCCUUCCUUUUAUCUCUGAUUGUUUCAGCCUGUAGACUAUUUAUUUCUUCUUCUGUGCAAUAAAAGCUUGAGACACAA